AUGAUUGCAGACACCUCUUCUAUAGCCGGUUACACCAUCUUCCGGGAAGGGCCCAACGACGCCGUUCCAGAUCUAUCUACGCAAGGUCUAGUACAUCCUCUGGAUCAGCUAUCGAUUGAAGAGAUCCAGCGCGCCGCCAAACUCAUCAAGGACCAUGCUAGCCCCAAGACCCUCAAGUUCAACUGCCUGACCCUGCGCGAGCCCAAGAAGAACGAGUACGCCGCCUUCAAGGCCGGCCGCGGCCCUCGCCCGGACCGCCGCGCCUUCGCCAUCGUCAUCGACAAGCUCUCCUCCCAGGUCUCCGAGGUCGUCGUCAACCUGAAGACCUCCGCCGUCGAGCUCUGGAAGGACGUCUCGGAUGUCGCGCCCACCCUCACCCUGGAGGACCUCGACAUCUGCGAGAGCGUCACGCGCAAGGACCCCCGUGUCAUCCAGGCGUGCCGCGAAAUCGGCAUCUAUGACAUGUCCAAGGUCUUCAUCGACGCGUGGGCCAUCGGUUUCGAUCACCGCUGGGGCACCGAUCGCCGUCUGCAGCAGGGAAUUGUCUACUACCGCAACUCCCCCGACGAUAACCAGUAUGCCCACCCGCUCGACUUCUCGGUCGUCGUCGACACCGAAAAGGCUGAAGUCUUGUCUGUUGACAUCCGCCUUGUGAACGGCGAGCGGACCAAGGUGCCCCUCGAAGAGCACAACUACCUGCCCGCCUUCAUUGGUGACGGCUACCAGAAGGACAAGCUCAAGCCCAUCGACAUCACCCAGCCUCAGGGCGUCUCGUUCCGCACGUCCGGCAACGAGAUCUCCUGGGCCGGGUUGAAGAUGCAUGUUGGAUUCAACUACCGGGAGGGUAUUGUUCUUUCUGACGUCCGCAUUGACGAUGAGGGGCGCGAGAGAAGCCUUUUCAACCGCAUCAGCGUCGUCGAAAUGGUCGUGCCCUACGGCAACCCGGACCCCCCACACCACCGCAAGCACGCGUUCGAUGUGGGCGAGUACGGUACUGGUCUCAUGACCAACUCCCUCAAGCUCGGUUGCGACUGUAAGGGUGUCAUCCACUACAUGGACGCUAUCAUGGCCGUCAGCACGGGAGAGGCAGCCAUUGUGAAAAAUGCCAUCUGUAUCCAUGAGGAAGACAACGGGCUGCUGUAUAAGCAUACCGACUACCGCGACGGCACCGUCAUCUCGGCUCGCGAUCGUAAGCUCAUCAUUUCGCAAAUCAUCACCGCUGCGAAUUAUGAAUACUGCUUCUACCAUACCUUCCUCCUGGAUGGUACUUACAAGCUGGAGAUCAAGCUGACGGGCAUGCUGAACACCUACUGCAUGCACCCCAGCGAGACCGCGGCCCCGUUCGGUACAGAGGUCGCCCCGGCCAUCAACGCCCACAACCACCAGCACAUCUUUUCCCUCCGCGUGGACCCCGAGAUCGAUGGCCCCAACAACUCCAUUCUGCAGGGCGACGCCGUCCCCGCCGACGAGCCCCUGGGGUCUCCCGGAAACCUGUACGGCAACGGCUUCUAUAACAAGAAGACGCCCCUCAAGACGGCCUGCGGUGCCGACUACUGCCACGAGACGGGCCGCUCCUGGGACAUCAUCAACCCCAACAGCAUCAACCCGGUGGCCAAGAAGCCGGUGGCCUACAAGAUCCUCAACAACAACUGCCCGACGAUCCUCGCCAAGCCGGGAAGCAUGGUCUGGAAGCGGGCGGGCUUCGCGCGCAAGGCGCUCUGGGUGACCCCGUACAAGGACUAUGAACUGUUCCCGGCGGGCGACUACGUGUGUCAGUCAAGCGGCGAAGAGGGACACCCGUACAACGAGACGGUGGUGGACUGGGUGGGCAGAGGCGAGUCGAUUGAGAACACCGACAUCGUCUGCUACGUCCAGUUCGGCCUGACGCACUUCCCGCGCACUGAGGACUUCCCCGUGAUGCCGGCGGAGCCCGUUGGCGUCAUGAUCAGGGCGUCCAACUUCUUCAAGAAGAACCCGGCGCUCUGGGUGCCGCCUUCGAUUGUGGCUGUCGACAAGACCUCCAAGGAUGCGUUUUCCAAGUCUGAGACCGCUGGUUCUUGCUGCGGUAGCAGAGACAGCAAGCUGUAG